AUGUUAGAUGUGGCGGACACAAAGAAUGUGAAUACUGAAGAUGGCCAACAGGAGAUUGUGCGAGCCUUUCACGAUGAACGAAUAAAAGACUGCUCAAAUCUACUGAAGACAAGGAUGGAGUUCCUGAAGGAGGUUGUACUGCCAAAUGAAACCUGGUUGAGCGCCCAUGACAAAUACCAUGAUGCACUGCUGUUAGCUGGGGCCGAUCCUAAUAUUCAGGGAAUAUUUUCACAGACUGCGUUACAUCUGGCUUGUAGUCAUGGCUAUGGGAAGGUCGUAAGAAUCUUACUAAAGUCUGAAUACAAUAUUGACGUCAACAUUAAAGAAGCCUUUGGAUGGACUCCAAUGAUGGUUGCAGUCAACAGUGGUCACGAGGGCGUCUUCUUUUUACUGGUGAAGAUCCAUAAGCCGAAUGAAAACGAUCUUGACAAGUAUAAAAUGAACCUUCUACACCUCGCUUGUAAAGGAGGGAAUCUGGCUAUUGUCAAGAAUCUUAUAGACAAGCACCGGUUUCAUGUAAAUUCCUGGAGUGAGCAAGGCACCCCUUUGAUGCUCGCAAUGGGGCACAAUAACAUUGAUUUGUGUCAGUUUCUUGUCGACAGUGGAGCUGUUGCAUUUGAAGAAAAUAUGGAUGGUGAUUCCAUUCUGCAUAUCGCUUGCCGCUGUGGGAGCCAUGCUCUCAUUGAAAGACUCUUGACGUUCACAGGACUUGCCAUUGAUGUCCAAGGUCAACACGGAUGGACGCCAUUAAUGGUAGCAGCAGCAAAUGGUAAGUACGAAGUGUUUCGGGUUCUCAAAGACCUUGGAGCCAAAGUUGAAAACCAGGUCGAUCCUUCAAAGAACUCUCUGCUCCAUCUCGCUUGUCAAGGAGGGAAUGAAAGCAUCGUGCGUUACUUGCUACCCCUGUAUGGAGUACACAUAAAGGGUGAGGAAGCGCGAACUCCACUGGAGACAGCCGAGCUGUACAAGCAAUCUUCAAUAGUGGAGCUUCUCAAGAUGCAAGCGACAUCAGGAUGUGAAGACCGUCACAGUACUCCUGAGAUCCUACCAGGUCAUCGUAAACAUAAACUGUCGUGA